ACGGGGUAUAGAGGCUAGAGAGAGGCCAAAUAGCGCUCUCCCCUAUCUUAACAUUCACAUUUUCCGCUGCAAGUCAGUUAUUCGCGGCAAGUGCGACCACUCAUCGUGAUUGCUUUGUUGAAGAUACUUGUUACUUGAAUUCCGCAGUUGUUUACUUCAUGGUUUCUCUAUUCAAAUUUGGUGUGUGAAUUUAUUUGAAAGCGCAUAUUUUCAUAUCCACAUGAAUAGACGACUGAUCGCAUCGAAUUUAGCUUAAAUAUUUCCUUAGAUGUCAGAGAAUAACAAGAGAGAGGAGAUUUCACAGAAAGGAAAUGAUUGGGAAGUUGUGGCGCUCACGGAAUCUGCUUAUGCUGCUGCUCCUGGUCCCAAAAACAUUCUGGAUAUUAGUGACAGCAAUUUAAGUGGGGAUGAUGAUUCUGAGACUGCUCGUGCCAUGUUCAUGUCUGGCCACUUUGGACUUUCGCCUAAUGUGCACGAGAACUUUCCACUAGAACCUGAAUGCAAGGAGAAGUGUUCUGGAGAGGGCCAUGACCAUGAUGUCCAUCAAGUUACAGAACAGCAAGGUAGUAAGUCAGAUUUAAAGCAAGACGAAAGUUUGAAUAUAGAAGGGCUCAUUUCUGAUGAAUUUUCCGGAGCUACAGAAUUUGACAAAAAAUAUGGUUCUGACUUGGGCGACAUUGCAUCCUCAAAAUCGAUAGACAAAGAGCAGGGCGUGUAUGUGACGGGGAAGAGCUCUUAUAGUGAUGCUGUUGCAGCAGGCAUGCCUCUCAUUGCUGAUGAGGACAUGGGCACUGCUGAAGAAUUUGAAUCUCCGGAUGAUGCUGCGAAGUCAAAAGUGCAUAAACAUGUUGAAGAAGAUAAGUUUAGUGAGCCGACUGAUCUUCCGUGUGAUGCUUGGUGGAGAAUACGUGCUGCUUCCUUGUAUGGCCACGCGAAAAAUUGAAAUCCAUAUUGGUCUCUCAUUGUUGCUGCAGCUGUUAUUGGGCUUGUGAUUAUUGGUCGCAGGUGGCAGCGUGAUAGGCUGCAAGCUUUUCAACUCAAGUCACAAUUGACUAUAGACAAUUAGGAUGCUCACUGGAUCCCUAGUCCUGUGGGACGAGUUAAGGGUGUAUUGGACUGAGCUCAGUGACAGAAGGCUAACUACUGAAAGGAAAGAAAACAUAAAUGUCCUGUGCAUUGUCUACCAAGAUUUGGGAACAAAUUAUAUCGCGCUUUUUUACUGCAUUUGCUCGUGACGAGGUACAUUUGGAUAUAAAUAUGUACUGUAAUCGACACUAGGAGCUCAUACCUAUCAUAUGCCCGCGUUUAGUUUGUCUGAAUUAGUGCAAACUAUGAACGAGGCAUCACAGGCGUGGCUUGUUGGAAGCUGGUUUUUGUAACUACUGAGAUGUAAAUUAUAAACAGUGUGUAUGGUGACAUGUUCAUAUUCUGAUAAUACUUAUCAUAUAAUCUUGCAAACUCUGGUUA